AUGGCAGUCGCAUCAUCAUGGCACCUCUUACCAUCCGACCUAAUCGAACACCAAAUCGGCCAAAUCGACCUCCUCACAGCAAUGUACCCCACAGAGGAUGAGGUCUCAAUCGACAAGGAAUCCGAACAAUCGCUACAACUCCUCAAAACACACAUAGAACAAGGCGAUGAAACCACAAAUCUGUUAUUGAGCCGCGCACCAACAGUGACCAUAUUACUCACACUCACCGUCCCAGAACCGGACCAAGACUCCUCAUUGCCAAAACUUUUACAACUAGACAUCACUGUACCCUUCUCAUACGAAGCCGACGAGCCACCAGAAGAAGCACCCCGUAUAAGAGUCCGAAUACUCCAACCAGCAUGGCUCAACCGCGCAGCAACCGCCCACCUCAACACCCAAAUCCCAGACGGCGACGACGACCUCUUCAGCAUCAUAGACGCAAUAAACGAUUCAGCAGUAGCGUACCUCGAAGAAGCAAAAACAGCAGCAGAAGCCGAGUCCGCAGUCUCCAAUGCUGCUGCCACAGCUGACGCAGGUCCCAUGGUGCGGGUGUGGUUCUACUUCCCCUCCAUCUCAACCCGCUCCAAGCGCGACGACUUCAUCAUCAAUGCGCCCGCGUACCACCUCACGGGCUUCCUCUACGCCGGGAAACCUGGAUUAUUGUGUCUGGAGGGCGGGUCGCAAAGCAUCGACGACUACAUGAAGUUCAUCAAGACGGAGAGCUGGGGCGAUAUCCCUGCACAUCAUAAAAAGGUUAGCGAGAGGCAUCGCGAAAAGGACAUUUCGAAGAGAGUCUUUGCGGAUAUGUCGGAGAUUACGGACUCUGUAGGUGAGAGGAGAGGACAGAGGGCGAACAGGGGCGAUAUGAAGGCUGUGGAGGGGUGGUUGGUGGAACGUGGGCUAGGGGAUGCUUUUGCGAAGGUAUUGAUGUAG